AUUAGGAGUCCCCGAGAAACCCACAUGGAGGCAGCGACGGAGGCUCCCCAAGAGCCGUCUGAUAACCCUAACGAUGUCUUGUUCGGCGGGACCUCGACGGAAACUGACCCCGUGCUCUCUCCAAUCCACCCACAGAACCACAUCGACAGUCUCCAGAAUUCGACGGAGAACAACUCUCCACCACCCAAUACGACAGUCGAAGGCGGAGGCCCCGUUUCUGACUCCCAGGAAGAUGAUUCCUCCGACCCCGUACCGGAGGACCCGCUUGACGAGCAUCCUCAAAAUCCUGACCCCACGGAACCAGGCCCUCCGGCCAGGAAACGGCGCAAGAGAAAGCGCCUCUUCACGGAAAUCAACGGCAAUCCUUCGUUGUCCAAAAACCGGCGACACCGAGUUUCCGGCGUCGCAAAAGAAAUAGACACGGAGGCGUGGAUCGCGAUUUCAGUAGGAUUUCCUAUCGACUCACUCACCGAGGAAGAGAUCGAAGCAAACGUUGUGUCCACAAUAGGAGGCACCGAGCAAACCAACUACAUCGUCGUGCGUAACCACAUUCUCGCGCGGUGGAGGUCCAAUGUGUCCGUUUGGUUAACCCGUGAUCACGUGCUCGAGUCAAUUCGUGCCGAGCACAAAACACUUGUAGACUCUGCAUACAACUUUCUAGUUGAGCAUGGUUACAUUAACUUCGGUUUGGCACCGACUAUCAAGGAAGCAAAAUUGAGGUCGUUCGAUGGGGUUGAGAGGGCAAAUGUGGUGGUGGUCGGUGCAGGUCUUGCCGGUUUAGUGGCUGCCAGACAGUUGGUGUCAAUGGGGUUUAAGGUUGUCGUAUUGGAAGGUAGGUCCCGCCCCGGCGGACGCGUCAAGACGAGGAAGAUGAAGGGUGAUGGAGUGGUGGCUGCAGCGGAUGUUGGCGGAAGCGUUCUCACUGGAAUAAAUGGAAACCCACUGGGUGUUCUCGCGAGGCAAUUGGGGUUACCUUUACAUAAGGUGAGAGAUAUUUGCCCCUUGUACUUACCUGAUGGGAAAUCUGUUGAUGCUGAUACUGAUUCUAGAGUAGAAGCUUUGUUUAACAAGUUGCUGGACAGAGUUUGUAAGCUUAGGCAAGCAAUGAUAGAGGAAGUUAAAUCCGUAGAUAUUCCAUUAGGGAUUGCACUUGAAGCUUUUAGAAACGUUCAUAGGGUUGCUGAGGAUCCACAAGAGCGAAUGCUCUUGGAUUGGCAUCUUGCAAAUUUAGAGUAUGCCAAUGCUUCUCUGAUGUCUAAUUUAUCCAUGGCUUAUUGGGACCAGGAUGAUCCUUUCGAGAUGGGUGGUGAUCAUUGUUUUAUUCCCGGUGGGAAUGAGAGGUUUGUUCGAGCACUUGCUGAGGACCUCCCAAUAUUUUAUGGAAGAACAGUGGAGAGUAUUAGGUAUGGGGUUGAUGGGGUUAUGGUUUAUGCGGGUGGGCAGGAGAUUCGUGGGGAUAUGGUUCUGUGUACAGUGCCUUUAGGCGUGCUUAAGAAGGGAACAAUUGAAUUUGUUCCCGAGCUUCCCCAGAGGAAGAAAGAUGCAAUUCAGAGGUUAGGAUUUGGAUUGCUAAAUAAGGUUGCAAUGUUGUUUCCGCAUAACUUUUGGGGCCGAGAGCUUGACACAUUUGGUCAUCUAACAGAAGAUUCAAGUACUCGAGGUGAAUUCUUUUUGUUUUAUAGCUACUCUUCUGUGUCAGGGGGGCCACUUCUUGUUGCACUUGUUGCUGGAGAUGCUGCAAGGAAGUUUGAGCUGAUGUCUCCAGUGGAAUCUGUAAAGAAGGUACUUGAAAUAUUGCGGGGGAUUUAUCACCCCAAAGGGAUUGUUGUUCCAGACCCAGUUCAGGCACUUUGUAGUCGUUGGGGGAAGGAUCAGUUCUCGUAUGGAUCUUACUCUUACGUUUCAGUUGGGUCUUCGGGGGAUGAUUAUGAUAUUCUUGCUGAGAGUGUUGGAGAUGGAAGAGUAUUCUUUGCAGGUGAGGCAACUAACAAACAAUAUCCAGCUACAAUGCAUGGAGCUUUCUUAAGUGGGAUGAGAGAGGCUGCCAACAUGUUAAGAAUGGCAAAGAGGAGGUCAUUGGAUCUGGCUAACAAAUUAAAUAAUGAUAAUGAGGAAAACGAUGAUUUGAAUGAACUAUUUGAGACACCUGACUUGACAUUUGGGAGUUUCUCUUCUUUGUUUGAUCCCAGAUCAAACGAACUUGACUCUCUCGCUUUGUUGAGGGUAAAAUAUCAUGGGACAUCUGACUCGAUCUGUCUUUAUGGUUUGAUAUCAAGGAAACAGGCCGUUGAACUUAGUAUGUUGGAUGAAGAUGCAAGCAGAAUGAAAACCUUACAUCUCGACUUUGGGGUAAAGUUGGUUGGGAGGAAAGGAUUAUCUGAAGCUGGGGAGAGUCUCGUCGCUAGUGUUAGAGCUGCUAAAUUGAAUCAGCAGCUUUUUGAGCAAUAGAUGUGACUAACAAAAUUGGGUUAUUCAAUUCUUGAAAGGAAUGGCUUCUACUGCAAAGUGAUUGAAAGCGUGAAAGUAAGUGGAAAAGAUGAAUGAUGCAUCUGCCAACCGGGUAUGUAUGUUUAUCAUAUUCAUCUGCUACUCGUGUGCAUGGGAGUUCUGCUGUUUCUCAUAUUUCUUAUCACGCAGCAUGUUCAUUUUUGUAGAUGAUUAUUGCCGGAUCAAUGAAGUGGUGGCUCUUACCAACUUCCUUCGCCUCCCAUUGCGGUGAAGCUUUUGGGCUCGUAGAGCUCAGGGAAGUAUUAACUUGUUUUUUGCUAUCCAAACUCCUCUCUUCAGUAACCCGAGUUAAUUUUUCUAGCCGGACACGAUUGAGGGACUUCUUUCGUUUAUAUAGAGCAUAAAAGGAAAGUAUAUAAUAAUUGAAUCAGGCGCAGGGUGGUGGCAAAUUAUAAGCCAUCUACGAUUUGUUGCGCGCAGAUGCGCGAUGCAUUUAGGGUGGUAAUUUAGGUUGAAGGUGAGUUUUACCAACUUCGAAACGUCAAAUUAAGUUGGUCUAAAUCUAAAUUUCAUUCGGAAUAGUAUUUCUUCUAUUUAGAGUGGUUAAGCAUGCUCAUCGACGUUCAAAAACUGUGAAAUAUAUCUUCUAUGUAAUAUAAGAUUCGAGCUAAGAGUAAGGUAAUUCCGUCAGGAGCCCCAAGUACUGGCUUGCGACUUCCGAGGUAGUCUGGAGUAAAUUUGAAGGAUCGUCUUAUUCGGCAGAGGCUAUCCACUGAACCAACCAGUCCAAUUGGUCGUAAAUGGACAAGUUUGUAUUUAUCUCAAAGAUUUCAAAUCAUGGUCCACACACCGUAGAAUUGGGCCAUCAAUAAUUAUUUGACUUUAUAUUAUAAUUAUCUUUAUAAUUAAAAUUAACAUUAAAGAGCAUUGAUAGCCUUAUCUCCCACUAAUAAAAUAAAAUAAACCCCCUGUCCGUCCGUCCGUCCUUGGCCAUUUUCUUCCGCUUAAUCAAUCAUGUAUUCGUGAAAUUCAUUUGCUUUGAUUAGCCUCAGAAAAGAAGCACGACCCCACGGCUUUUUCCUUGUUGAUCACGACUGCCUUCGAAUCAAACACGUCACGUGGACUCACACGUGCAAUUCCCACAUGCCUUCCUAUACUAUAUAUUGUGUAUUGUAUGUACGUACGUACGUAUGGGGAAGUGGAUUAGCAACACCAAACCGACCACCUGUUCCGCUCCCUCCUCCCGAGUAACGUCUCUCCAGAUAUUGACAACGCCCAAUUUGAAGUUUAACCAAAAUCAUCAAAUACCACCCCGCUAAAAGAAAAGAACGUGGCCCCCACUCAAUAACACACAUGGGGCCCUUACACCGACCCUAGCGUAUUUAUACUCUCGAGGCCGACAUUGCUCGGUCCCACCAACAAUAUCUCACCACUCCCCUUCUCACACGUGUCGCCUAUUUUCACGCUUCCAGCGUGUCUCCUCUUGCUUUCUUUCUUUCUUUCUUUUGUUUAUUUUCUCCUUUUGACUGUUACUUUCCUGGCGCGCUCAAAAACACUCGCUCCAUCUCCUCUAGGACGCGUGUCCUCUUAUGAGAGCGAGUAGAGUCCGAAGAGAGUACGAUUCUUUUUAUUUAUUAGUUACGUACGUCGGUUACAGAAAUGGAGAUGGAGAUGGGGAGACACACCCAAUUACCUCCCCCUCUCUCGCGUCAGAACCGCGUUGCAUGAAUCAUCAUUCUCCCUUUGGGAACGCUAUAAAAUGCCCCACCCUCCAUUACCUCAACAUCAUCAUCACUGCCCAAGUAAACAUACCCAAAUAGCAUCCAAUACACAUACCCUCCCCGCCCAUCACUACUGUGAUUAUCUUUUUCUCUCUGUUUUUCUGCUUUCUUGUUAAUAGCUAAUUAGACGCUUUCUCUGGUGAUUGAUCUUCGUUCGGAGUUUUUGUUGGAGUUGUCUGAUCAGUAUGGCUGAACACCACGAGAGCGAGACCAAAGUUGUCGUUGAGGAGGCAGAAGUGGAGGCCAAGGAUCGGGGAUUGUUCGAUUUCUUAAAGAAGAAGGAUGAAGACGAGAGGCCUCAAGAGGAGGUGAUCGUCACUGAGUUCGAGAAGGUUCAGGUCUCUGAACCCGAGCCCAAGAUCGAGGAGCCCCUAAGGAAGAAGAGGAGAAGAAGCAUUCUCUCUUAGAGAAGCUUCACCGAUCUGACAGCAGCUCCAGCUCCUCCAGCGAUGAGGAAGAAGGUGAAGGAGAGGAGAAGAAGAAAAAAAAGAAGAAGGGUCUGAAAGAGAAGAUCAAGGAAAAGAUCUCAGGAGAAAAGGAAGAAGAGAAGAAAGAAGAGGACACCACAAUCCCUGUUGAGAAAGUUGAGGAGCCCGCUGCCCAUCCUGAAGAGAAGAAAGGAUUCCUUGAGAAGAUCAAGGAAAAACUUCCAGGCCAGCACAAGAAAUCUGAAGAGCCGGCCUCCCCUCCUCCUCCGGCAGAGAGUGCAGCCCCCGAGCCUGAGAAGAAGGGCAUCUUAGAGAAACUCAAGGAGAAGCUUCCUGGGUAUCACUCCAAGACUGAGGAAGCUGACAAGGAGAAGAAAGAGACGUCAGAUUAAGAAUUACAAGAUCUCAUGUUACUUUUUGAGUUAUGAUCGUUGUGUGGUUUAUUUAGUGUUCAAUUUUUUUUUUUUUUUUUUUCUGUUUCCUUCCUUGUGGGAUUUUCAGGUUCAUAUAUAAGCAUUAUAUACAGAGAUGCUUGAUAUACGUGCUUAUAUAUAGGCUUGUUUACUGAAUUACUAUGCAUGUUUUGGGGGAAGAAGGUCAAUCAUCCUCUGCUUCUAUGAUUCGAAAAGUGUUAUCAAGAGAUUUCUUUGCUUGUAAA